CAGGCAGGACCUAGCUCACAAGAAGACUGGAAGAGCUAAUGCUCGCGGACUAGAGGCCCAUCUUAGCUCAGGGGAAGGAAACUUGCUUGAUGGACUUCUGGCUAGUGGGACGCUUCAGGCCUCACCCGAGUAUUCCCAGAUACAUCCAGAGUUGGAGAUUAGAUGGGGGAGGGGCUCUGUUUGGAUGGGGCUGCAUUUCCUGCAAAGAAACAGGUGCAAGUGCUUCUGAAGUGAUCGGAAGUGGCUUGCUCUUUCACUGCCCUCUUCCCUGAGGGCGCACUAGGAGAGACAUGGAGACGGUUGUGAUUGUGGCUAUUGGGGUGUUGGCGACCAUCUUCCUGGCUUCUUUUGUAGCUCUGGUCGUGGUGUGUAGGCAGCGUUACUGUCGACCCAAGGACUUCUUGAACCAUUAUGAUACUAGGCCUAUUGUUGACUUGAUUGGCACCAUGGAGACACAGUCGGAACCAUCAGAGCUGGAGUUGGAUGAUGUGGUGAUAACAAACCCACAUAUUGAAGCCAUCCUAGAGAAUGAAGACUGGAUUGAAGAUGCUUCGGGCCUGGUCUCCCACUGCAUUGCUAUCCUGAAGAUUUGCCACACUCUCACAGAGAAGCUUGUCGCCAUGACCAUGGGUUCAGGGGCCCAAAUGAAGUCUCCAGCAAGCCUGAGUGACAUCAUUGUGGUUGCCAAGCGCAUCGGCCCCAGGGUGGAUGAUGUGGUCCGUUCCAUGUACCCACCACUGGACCCCAAGCUUUUGGAUGCCAGGACAACCGCAUUGCUGCUUUCUGUGAGCCAUUUGGUCUUGAUUACUCGGAACGCCUGCCACUCGCCCAGCCGCAUGGACUGGAUUGACCAAUCGUUGUCCGCUGCAGAGGAGCACAUGGCCGUGCUGCGUGAGGCCGCCCUUGCCUCUGAACCCGAGCGCAUUGCACCAAGCACUGAGGGCUUCUUACAGGAGCAGUCUGCAAUCUGAAAGAAGGAAGCUGUGGUCUCUGGAGCUUACCUAACCAACUGCUCUCCAUCACUUCUUUCCUAUCUUCAUCCAGCGUUUCUGUCAGAACUGCAGAACUUCCGUGAAGUAUAGUAGUGCUGAAUAGCUAGCAUCCCAGAGCUACAGAACCGAAUCUCCACUCUGCUGCUGCUUUCCUCAAAUAACUCUCCUGAAUGUGGGAUGGUGACACUGAGACAGCUAAAACUCUGAGUGGGGUGGGGACAGUGUCGUUGGGGCUGUUUUUUUGCAGUGAGAGGAAUAAUCUAGUUAUGGCAACUGUUUUAUGAAUAAUCAGUCCAGACAAAGGUUUGUCUUGAAUGCUGAAAACAAUAUACAGUAUAGAGCUAUCAGUAUAGAGCUGACACUUGGGUUCAUGCCUCGUGGGAUUAUUAUUAUUAUUAAUUUUAGUUUGAGCAGCAAAUCCUUCAUACCAUUAUCACAAAGUGCAUUUGGAAGUCCCCUCGGCUUUAAAACUGACUGGCCAUGAUGGGCUGCUAUUCUCGAAACAGCAUCCUUUGGGUAUGCCAAAAUAACUGUGCAGUUCCUGGUGCAUUAUUUAUUUAUAUAUGUUGACCUGCCUGAAGCGUAAUCUGGACAUUGUAGAGAGCCAGCAACUUGAUGGUCUGUUCUUGUAAAUUUCUUCUUGUAGUGUACAAUACAUAUUCUAGGAUGAGGUUGUUCAAGUGUCUCCUUGUUUAAAAAAGCAGCUUCUUGUCCAAUCCUACUCACUCCAAACUGUUUUUUUCCCAGUUGCAAAAGAUUCUCGCACAUGUGCAAAACACCUGUCACUGUCACCAUUUUAUUUUUCAUUUUGGGACUUCCUUUUACACAACUUCUGUUUAAAAAUAAUAAUAAUAAUCAGACUGGACAACCCUUCACAUAUUUUUUCUGUCAUCAGGUUCAUGUAUGUAUUUAACCUGUGUUGAUGUUUAAUUGCUACUUCCACUCUGCUCUCUUUAAAAAAAAUAAGAUAAUAGAAAUAUUGGAUGACCUGCCCCGCAUCCACUAUGCUGGAUUCUAAAAUAAGAGGUGAACAAGUUCAGUGGUACUCUGUCACACCAUCUAGUAUGGAAGUCACUUCACAUUAAAUUCUGUAUAUGUGUGUGGGCUGAUGGUGGCUAUUUAGUGGCACUCUGCACAUGGUCAAACACAGUUUUGUCUUAAUUGUUCCUUCCCCUUUUUGUUUUGAGUCCUGGAACUGGAAACAGAUUCUGGGAUUAAGUCCUUAUGAUCUCUGGCUCAAAUAAAGCCCUCAUUUCUUUAUUACUAACAUGAAUGUAACAUAAGUAUAUUCCUCCUUUUUAAGAGAGAUCUUCCUAUAUCUCAGCGAGUUGAGCCUCUGUCUGAAUGCUUGUUUCUCACAAACCUGUUCCCAAAGCUAUAUUUCCUAGCUUGAGCUGUGCAGAGAUUUUCACAUAUUGGCGCUCCAUUCUCUCCCUCCCAGUUGAAGUUGUGGUCUUGAAAUAAAGACAGAGUUCCAUCACCUAAA